ACGACACCCCCCCCGUGUUGUUUAUUAUCGCGAGAUCAGAGCACGGGAUUUGUGAAGGCCGGGGUUUUUAUUCAUCCUUCCGAGGUUAGAAAAUGACCACUCCGGAUGUACGGCUCAACCAUACAAUCUACAUCAACAACUUGAAUGAGAAAAUCAAGAAAGAUGAGUUGAAAAAGUCGUUGUACGCCAUCUUCUCGCAGUUCGGACAGAUUUUGGACAUCUUGGUUGCACGAAACCUAAAGAUGAAGGGGCAGGCCUUUGUUAUUUUCAAAGAGGUUAACAGCGCUUCCAAUGCUCUGAGAUCCAUGCAGGGAUUUCCUUUCUACGACAAACCCAUGCGUAUCCAGUAUGCCAAGCUGGACUCUGACAUCAUAGCUAAAAUGAAGGGGACUUAUGUGGAGCGUGACCGUAAAAAGGAGAAGAAGAAGGUCAAAGGAGCUGAUGCAGCUGGAGCUAAGAAGGGUGUACCUGGAGCUGCUGCACCCAUGGUUGCUGGGGUACCGACUGCCAUGCCUGGAAUGCCUCCCAUGAGCCAGGCUCCUCGUAUGAUGCACAUACCAGGCCAGCCGCCUUAUAUGCCCCCUCCUGGCAUGAUGCCUCCUCCGGGGAUGGCGCCUGGUCAGAUGCACCCUGGUGCCAUGCCUCCUGGCCAGAUGAUGCCCGGACAGAUGCCUGGACAAAUGCCCCAGCAGGUUGCAGAAAAUCCUCCCAAUCACAUCCUCUUCCUCACCAACCUGCCAGAGGAGACAAACGAACUCAUGCUCUCCAUGCUCUUCAACCAGUUCCCCGGGUUCAAGGAGGUGCGUCUGGUCCCAGGUCGCCACGACAUCGCCUUUGUGGAGUUUGAGAACGACGUACAGGCCGGCGCUGCACGAGACGCACUACAAGGCUUUAAGAUCACACAAGCGAACGCCAUGAAGAUCUCAUUCGCUAAGAAAUAAAACCUCCAGACUGCUAUUUUUCUUACAUACAUGCACAGGUCUUUUUUUUUUUUUUUUUUUAUGUACAGCAGUGACCUGAACUAAAAUGUUUUUAGAAAUUGGCAUUUGCUGUUCAGUGUAUUUUUUCCCCCCUUCGUCCAGGAUUACAUGUAAGUAUACAUUCUUUGCAUCAAGUUGCUGUGUUUUAUCGUUCCACACUGACAGAGCUCUUGACCUAAAAUAAUGGUCAGGUAAAUUUAUCGAGUUCUUUAUUCUGCUAAUCCUCCUUGUAACUCAAAUUCAUGAGCAACUUGACGUGUCUUCUGUAUUUUUUUAACUGUUUGUCAUUAAGCAUUGCACCCAGGGUCUGCUCUACCAGACAUUGUACCUGGAGCUUAUUUCUUUUCAUAAUUAAAAUACAUUUUCUUUGA